AUGAUGGUGGUGGUGAAGGGGUGGGAUGAGGGGGUUGGGCUGACGAUAUCCAGCCGCUUUGGUGGUGGUGGUGGUGGUGUGCGAGCCUCGUGUAUCGUCGUCGUCGUUCACAUCAAAACAGCCGGUUCGUACGCCCCCGUCGCUCCUCUUCACAUUCUACCACAUACAACCAUGUACUACGCUACGAUUCUACUCUUUACUAUAGUGCUACAAAAAGCGAUACCAAAAACACAUCAAAUCGUUUUCAAACGUUUCACAUCGGAUACAUGCCGUGUAAAUCCAUGUUUGAAUCAAGGAAGAUGUAUUCCCGGGAAAUUAAGUUGUCAAUGUUCACAAGGAUGGAUGGGACGAUUCUGUCAUAGAAAAUGUCGAAAUAUAUAUAAAAGUUGUGAACGUUGGGCAUUGGAAGACAAAUGUCACACAAUUCUAACUCAAACCAACUUUUUCGAUGUGAAUUGUGCUCUUGCAUGUAAUCUUUGUACACCUGAUCCGAAUUACGAUGAACCAGAUACACCUCUUGCUCCAGCUCUAGAACCUCUACAGUUCAUCCUAGGAAAAUGGUAUUCACAGGCUGCAAAAGGUCUACGAUACCCGACCGAUCUAUACGCUAAUGAAUAUGAGGAAAUUCUGGAUGUUGCUCCAUCCACUGUGCCUAUGUUUGGACCACCAUCACUUAAUUUGACAAGCACAUCAUGGUAUGAAGAUGACACUCGAGUGAUGCACGGAUUUAUAACACUUCGACCAAAUUCAUUCCCACCAGAAGUUGCUAUUUUAAGCACAAGUAAUGAAGGUUUAAAUAUGAUUGAACUUGGAACGUUAAAACAUCAUGUACUAACGUUAAAUGUAUCAUACAUGCAAGUUCAUCCAACAAUGGACAGCACAGUUUUGCCGUUAGGGGCAACCCGUCGAUUUCGAAGAGUUGGUCAAUUACUGGAAAUGACUGUAGCGAAACUUUUUCCUAACAACAAGGUUUCACAAUUCAAAAAGAUGUUCAAGAAACUAUCGGACUAUCCAAUUUAA